AUGGGUCUGCUCACCCGGGACUUUCGCUGCAACGAGCGCGAACGGACAAACCUUGCCGGCGAAAGACCAAAUGUGGCCAAGUGGCAGUUUCGUCUGCGAAUGAGGAGCACACUUGAUAAAUUUGGACCUCCAUUUGGUGUCUUCAUUUUUCGUUUGGAGUGGACCCAUCCGAGCGGCUCGGCCCAAAGAGACCGGGCUGCGAUUUCAUGA